AAUAGUUAAUUGGUAAAUAUAUUUAGAUUUGAGGAAAAGGUGGGACAGUUUUCAUGGAUCCCAAGGGCACAAAGCAGCCACCAUCAGAGGAGGAUGUAGCACAACAACCACUACUACAACCCCACCAUUUCUUGAGCCUCCCAAACCCCACAAUUCCAACAACAUCAACAUCAUUAAUCCCAAUUAACAUGGUUAAUCCCAACAACAACAACAACAACAACAACAACAACAUAAAACCUGCUGAAAUCAAAGAUUUCCAGAUUUUGAUUACAGACAAUCAGAAUCAGAACCAAUUGAACCAGCAAGAAGAAGAAGAAGAUGAUCAGCAACAACAGCAGCAGAAAAAGCAUCAGCAUCAGCAGCAGCAGUUGGGGCCGAAGAGAAGCUCAAACAAAGACAGACACACGAAAGUAGAAGGCAGGGGAAGGAGGAUCAGGAUGCCUGCACUUUGUGCUGCAAGAAUAUUUCAAUUGACAAGAGAAUUGGGUCACAAAUCUGAUGGUGAGACCAUCCAGUGGUUGCUACAACACGCUGAACCUUCGAUCAUUGCCGCCACGGGGAGCGGCACGAUACCGGCUUCGGCUUUGGCAGCAACAGGUUCCUCUGUUUCACAACACGGGACCUCAAUUGGUUCUGCUUUACACCUUCAUAAUCAUAAAAUUGAUGAUUUGGGUGGUCCGAGUAGUAGACCUGCUACUUGGGCUGCUUUGGUAGGUAUGGGUUCUGCUAAUUUGCAAAAUUUGGGAAUUUGGCCACCGCCACAGCUUCCGCUUCAACCCCACCAGAUUUCUACUGCUAGUAAUAAUUCUUCCACAACAACCACCACAACACCACCAACUUUGGUGCCUGAGGGUGCUCAUUAUUUGCAAAAACUUGGGUAUCCUGGGUUUGACUUAGGUGGGUCCAAUCUUGGUCACAUGAAUUUCGGAUCCAUUUUAGGGGGAAAUCAUGUUCAUCAAAUUCAUCAACAUCAACAAAAUCAUCAACAACAUAAUCACAAUCACACAAUGCCUGGAUUAGAGCUGGGAUUAUCACAAGAUGGUCAUGUGGGUGUGUUGACCCCACAAGCGUUAUCCCAGAUUUAUCAACAAAUGGGUCAUUCUAGAGAUAUGGGAAGUGGUGGGUUGAGUUCUUUGCAUCAACAAGAUCAUCAUCAUCAUCAUCAACAUCAACAACAUCAACCCUCCAAUUCUAAGGACGACUCUCAAGAAUCAGGAUGAUUAUUAAUUUUCACUAUGGAGUAGUUGAUUAGCAGUUUCAAUGUAGGACAGACACAAGACUUGUUUUUAAAUUUCGUUAUUUUGGGUGUUGUAUAAUUUGCAAAGUGAGUGAAAAGGAGAAGGAUGAAUGAGGAAUUAAUUUCAGUUUUAGGCUGAAAUUUCCCACCUUUUCUGCUUUUUAAUCACACAAAAUUCACAAUUUUGUUUUGUUUUUUUUUUUUUUUUUAAUGUAAAUUUUAGAGUGUGAUUCACAAUUUCAUUUUCACAGUUCUGUUGCUUGUGAAUUGUGAUAAUGGGUGGAAUAUGCAGGUGGGAGUGCAGGAAGAAGUAGCUUCAAGUUGAGCUUUUUAUAACUUGUUCUGUAAUUUGAAGAGGGGUGUUGAAUAUUGAUUAUAUUAAAAUUAGUUUAAGUUUCUUUUUUUAAUGAUAAUAUUUGUAGAUUUUAAAUUUUGUUGGAGAAAUGAGAAGUUUGAUUUGUUUUA